AUGGUUUUUGAAGCGGCUCUGGCCAAUUUUGCCGCCAUCAAGGGCGAGCUGGCUGGUCAUGCAGGCAUCUCGCUGCUCAAGAAGAUUGAAGAGGCCAGCCAUCAACUCAUUCGAAAGCACAUUGAAAAGACGUACCCCAGCGCCAACCAAGACAAGUACAUUCGUGCUGCCAUUGCCAGUCAAUUUGUCGGCGUUCGCGAUUUCUCCGACGAGUUUUACGACCUCUUGGACUUGGCCUCGGCCAGCAACGAUGUGGCACGAGCUCACAUUUGCUCUGCUCUCGACGAGCUGCCGCAUGGUUUCCCAGAAUUUGAUGCCGUGCUCCUCAAGUACUCGGCCGUCAUCUCACAUUACUAUGAUGCGUACUACCGGGCCUGGUCGAAGAAAGUGCAGGGCAACGAGACUGCCAAAAAGCUAGAGGCUGAUGGAAGCCCAGGAGAUGCCGCCUUGCUCAACCCCUACACGAUCAUUACAUGGGACGCUGCCACCUCGAGCUAUACACAUGCUGCGUACGCCACCGUCUUCAAAACUGAACUGGUGCCCGUGCUACAGGCUUUUGAUGACCUCGUUGCUCAGCUGGAGGUCAUGCAGGAUCUGACUGCGGAGCAAAAAAAUUAUCUGCCCUUUCUCCGCCAGUAUCGUGUCUGCUUGGCCCUCGAGGACAUUGAGCAACUGGAUUCGGCUUGGGAGGAGCUUGACCGUCGCUGGAUGGAUUGCAAAUACCACAUUCAGCUGGUGCAUGAUAUCGAGUCUGGCUACGGAGACCCUCUUCGGGUGAAAGUGAUUCCUGACUUUAGCAUUCGGUUCCUGGACAUGGAUUACAAGGAUGCCAAUGAUACGAUCGCUGCCAUCCAGGCUGACAUUGUCGAGUACUUUCGUCAGCGCAAAACCGAUCUCAGCCAAAAGGGCCUUUUUGCCUUGAGCGCCAGCCUAGCCGGCAUCUACUACCUGCCCUUUCAAUCUGGCAUGUCACUCCAUUUCCGUUUCUCUGGUCAAAGCAUUCCCAAUCGCUCCGCAGUGAAAAACGAAAAGGGAGUGAAAAUCUAUUUCGACGCCGUCUCGACGGGUGCACGUCUGCAGACAACCGGCGACAUGGUUGAAAAGGUCUGUGUAAACGGCAAAGAGCUUGCAGCAUUGCUCGAUGCCGUCGACACUAUUGUCUACCAUGUAGCGGCGCACGAGGUCGGACAUGCCAUUUACAAUUUGGACCACGUCAAAGGCAGCAUCAAGCCAGACACCUGCACGCUACUAGAGGAGCCCCGCGCUGAGCUCACUUCACUCACCACCAUGAAGUUGCUCGUCGAGCGUGGCCGAGUUGCAGGUGAAGAUAUGGCCAAGCAUUUGGCGUCGUUUGCCUUGCAAGACUUGCGACGCUUUGCCAAUUUUGACAGCUCGGCCACCCGGCCGUACACCAUCAGCGCCAUCAGCACCUACAAGCUGUAUCUCGAAACGGGCUUUGUUACGCGAGUGGGCGACCAGCUCGAGUUUCACCUUGACAAGUACAUGAACGUCUUGGAUGCCUGCCAGCAACGCUUUGAGGCCAUCCUGGAUGCCGAGGAUGCGCAUGACGGAGCCGCUCUUGAGAAAAUCCUCGAAGAGAUGCAACAAGAGUCAGAGCUCGUUCACCAUCUCGUUCAGAUGCUCAAGCCCACCGCUGCCAACUAG